AGGCGCGCCGCAAGUGACGCCAUCCCCAGCCGUCCACUGUCGUUCUCGGUCAGUCUCCCUCAUCGCAAGAGCAUCUUCCUCGCCAUCGCCAUCUUCAUCCGCUCGACUCCUCUUCAUCGUCCGUCUCAUCAUGUCCGCCGCCAAGCAGGAGGACCGCAAAGGUUCGGGCGAGUGGCGCGAGUUCUUCUGGAACCCGCGCACGCACGAGCUGCUGGGUCGAACCGCUGCCAGCUGGGGUCUGAUCCUGCUUUUCUACCUGGUCUUCUACUUGUUCCUGGCCGGGAUGUUCACGCUCACCAUGUACAUCAUGCUCUUGACGCUGGACGACUACAAACCCACCUGGCAGGACCGCCUAGCUACCCCAGGGAUGAUGAUUCGUCCAAAAGGCAAUCAACUGGAGCUCACCUACUCCAUGUCCGAGUUGGAAAGUUAUAAGGGCUUUGUGCAAAGUCUGGACUCGUUUUUGUCCCAGUACGACGACAGCCAGCAGGUUCAGAUGAACGACAACUGCCCUCCUGAUCAGUACUUCAUCCAGGAAGACAGCGGAGAGGUUCGGAACAAUCCCAAGCGUUCCUGUCAGUUCAAUAGGACAAUGUUAGAGGAGUGUUCGGGGUCUACCGACCGUUUCUACGGUUACGGCCGAGGACAACCCUGCGUGCUGAUUAAACUCAACCGGGUGAUCGGGAUGUUUCCCGGAAAGGACGGACAGUCGCCUUUUGUCACUUGCGGAUCCAAAAGAGAGGACAGCGAUCAGAUGGGACCUCUGGCCUACUACCCUCCAAAUGGGACCUUCAACCUUAUGUAUUACCCUUAUUAUGGCAAGAAAGCUCAGGUGAACUACACCCAGCCGCUGGUGGCCAUCAAGUUUCUGAACGCCUCCCUCAACACCGACAUCGACGUGGAGUGUAAAAUCACCUCCAACACACUGGCCCCCGGCAGCGAGCGGGACAAAUUUGCCGGGCGCGUGUCCUUUAAGCUACGAAUCAACAAGUAGACGCGCAAACACGCCAGGCCGCCACCGCACUGCAACCGUGACUCUGACCACUCCUACUCCCCCUCCCACUUCACACGCAAAAUCGCUGACCAAUCGUCACAGUUUGACGUCAGCCCAGCAGAAUCUCAGCCUACCUGACCUCACCUCGAUCAAGCCCUUUAUUAUCUGUGUAUUUAUUAUUUAUGUAUUUUGUACACUCGCUGUUAACAUAUCCUGGAACUUUUGCCGGAAUUUCAAGUGUUUAAAUCAAUUUUGGUAUGUGGCAAUUUUUUUUUUCCUUUUGGUAAGUGGCAUUUUUUUGUGUAUAUGGCGUUUUUGCAGGCCAUGCACGUCCAUGCCUUUGACGGCUAUGCACGUCCAAAUUUUCCAUUCAUUUUAAAUGCCAGAAAAACACUUGUUGCCGUGAUUUUUGACCAUACACUUUACAUUAGAGCACAUUGACGUUCAGCUGACACCCAAGUCAGGCUAUGCAAAUCCAUUUUGCCACAUGGCAAAAUCAAUUUUGCCACAUAGAAAAAAAAAAAAAAAAAGCCACAUGGCAAAAUCCAUUUUGCCGCAUGGUAAAAAGAAUUGCCACAUGACAAAAUCCAUUUUGCCACAUGGAAAAAAAAUGCCACAUUGCAAAAUCCAUUUUUCCACAUGGCAAAAAAAUGCCACUUUGCAAAAAUAAAAUGCCACAUGGCAAAAUCCAUUUUGCUGCACGGUAAAAAGAAAUGCCACAUGGCAAAAUCCAUUUUGCCACAUGGCAAAAAAAUGCCACAUUGUAAAAUCCAUUUUGCCACAUGGCAAAAAAAUGCCACUUUGCAAAAAUGAAAAGCCACAUGGCAAAAUCCAUUUUGCCACAUGGCAAAAAAUGCCACAUGACAAAAUCCAUUUUGCCACAUGGCAAAAAAAUGCCACAUUGCAAAAUCCAUUUUUCCACAUGGCAAAAAAAUGCCACUUUGCAAAAAUAAAAUGCCACAUGGCAAAAUCCAUUUUGCUGCACGCUAAAAAGAAAUGCCACAUGGCAAAAUCCAUUUUGCCACAUGGCAAAAAAAAUGCCACAUGGCAAAAUCCAUUUUGCCACAUGGCAAAAAAUGCCACAUUGCAAAAUCCGUUUUGCCACAUAACAAAAUCAAUUUUUGCCACUAACCAAAAAAAUGCCACAUGGCAAAAUCAAUUUUGCCACAUGGCAAAAAAAAUGCUACAUGGCAAAAUCCAUUUUGCCACAUGGCAAAAAAAAUGCCACAUUGCAAUAUCCAUUUUGCCACAUGGCAAAAAAAGCCACAUUGCAAUAUCCAUUUUGCCACAUGGCAAAAAAAAUGCCACAUUGCAAAAUCCAUUUUGCCACAUGGCAAAAAAGUACCCCAUGGCAAAAUCAAUGUUGCCACAUGGCAAAUAAAACACCAUGUGGCAAAAAAAAUGCCACAUGGCAAUUAAAACGCGACGUGGCAAAAAAAAUGCCACGUGGCAAAAUCCAUUUUCCCACAUGGCAAAAAAUGCCACUUUGCAAAAUCCGUUUUGCCACAUGGCAAAAAAAUGCCACAUGGCAAAAUAAAAUACUCCAUGGCAAAAUCAAUUGUGCCACAUGGCAAUUAAAACGCCACGCGGCAAAAAAAUGCCACAUGGCAAUUAAAACGCCACUUUGGAAAAAAAAAAGCCACAUGGCUAGAUCCAUUUGCCACAUGGCAAAGACCACUUUUUGUUCCCAGCCCAGCUGGAGAAAUCAGCAUAACAUUAAGAUUUCAUAUCAUGUCAAAAAAAACAAAAA